AUGGGAGGAGGCCCCGACAAGGAACAUCUCCUCAUCGUCCUGUGGGAACCGGAGCCCAAACCUUUGGUGGAGGAGAUCAAGCGACGAUUCCCCCAUUUCGACAUUACAUAUUUCCAACUGGGUAGAGGGAAGAAGGGCGAAGAUAAGUCCGGGUUGGUGCCAAAAGAACUAUGGCAAUCGGUCACCAUCCUCAUCACCAUCGCCGUCCUCCCUGCCCGACCGGAAGAUGCUCCAAAUCUGAAACUCAUCCACCUCUUCUCCGCCGGCGUCGACGCCCACCUAACCCACCCAAUCGUCACUGACACCGACAUCCCCAUCACCACGUCCUCGGGCAUCCAUGGGCCACCCAUCACCGAGUGGAUCGUCAUGACCACCCUGAUUGCGAGUCGGUACUAUGCGAUCGAGUACGAGUGGCAGAAGCAGCACCACUGGGGUACGGAGAGAAAGAUGCUGACCCACGGCACGGACUGGGUGGGUAAGACGGUCGGGAUUGCUGGGUAUGGGAGUAUCGGGCGUCAAGCCGCCCGCGUCUUUUCCGCCUUGGGGGCCCAUGUUCACGCCUACACUGCCAGCCCGCGCCCAACGCCUGCCUCAAGAACCGACACCGGCUACAUCAUCCCCGGGACAGGCGACCCAGACGGCACGAUCCCACGGGCAUGGUACUCAGGGACAUCCAAGGCGUCGCUACACACGUUCCUCGCCUCGGGACUUGACGCGCUGAUCAUCGCACUGCCCCUAACGCCUUCGACGCGCCACAUGUUCUCAACACCCGAAUUCGAAAUCCUGGGCAGCAGUGGCGGCGCCUCCCUUCCCACCACCACCACCACGGCCACCUCAUCCUCAUCCUCACCGGCGAGGAAGUCCAAAUCGUGCUUCCUCAUCAACAUCGCGCGCGGUCCCCUAAUCGACCAACCGGCCCUCGUCACCGCGCUCAACAACGACGUCCUCCUGGGCGCCGCGUUGGACGUCACAGACCCGGAACCGCUACCCAAGGACGACCCUCUCUGGGACGCCAAAAACGUCAUCAUUACUCCGCACGUCAGCGGGCUGGGGACCGAGUACGCGCAGCGCGCGUAUGAUGUCUUCAUGACCAAUUGGGACAGGAGGGAGAGGGGGGACAAGAUGUUCAACUUGGUGGAUCGGAGGAAGGGGUAUUGA